GGUUGACUCGGGGGGAGGAGCCGGGCCUCUGUUUGGGGGCGUGGUUAGUCCGGAGGGGCGGGGCUGGGUCCGGGGAGGAGCCGGGAGGCUGGCUAGGGUCUUGGUCAGGGCGGUGGGGCGGGGCCGGCUUGGGAGGGCCUCCAGGCCGUUGUUUGGGGGCGUGGUCAUUCCGGGGGCGGGGCUGACGGGGGUGGGGCCGCUCUGCCGCCAGGGGGCGCCGUGGGCCGCAGGAGGCCUGGUGCACCUGGCGCGCCCCGGCCCGCCCCGCCCCGCCCCUCACCAAGUACCUGGCGCUGGUAUCAGUCCCCGACCCUCCCGUCCUCCUCGGAGGGCCCCCGCAGCUCCACGCCGGUCUCCGGAUCCCGGGGCCCCUGCUCCGCGGUCCUCGGCCCCCAGCCACCCCACCGGACCUGUGACGGGACUCCCAACGCCGCCGGCCGCGCCCGCCGCGCUCCGGCCAGGAAUCUCCGACUUCCGCCGUGGGGCCGGGCAGGUGUCCACCUCGUCAUGCCCUCGCUCGGGGACCUGGUGCGCGACUGGCACCGGGGCGCGCAGGCUGUGGCGCGUGGGGACUGGGACUGCGCCCUGCGCCUCUUCUCGAGCGUCCCGGAGCCGCCCGCCAGGAUGAGCUUCAACGUGGGCUGCGUGCACCUGCUAGCCGGGGACCCGGAGGCUGCGCUGCGGGCAUUUGACCAGGCAGUGACCAAGGAUGCCUGCAUGGCUGUUGGCUUCUUCCAGCGAGGAGUGGCCAACUUCCAGCUGGAGAGGUUCCGGGAGGCCCUGUCCGACUUCCAGCGGACCCUGGCACAGCUGAGGGACAACGCCGCCAUCGACUACACCCAGCUGGGCCUGCGGUUCAAGCUGCAGGCCUGGGAGGUGCUCUUCAGCGUGGCUGCAGUACAGAGCCAGCUGGGGCUUUGGGCAGAGGCCGCCCGCAGCCUAGAGGGAGCCCUCGCCAAGGGGCCGGAAGGGGCCCGCGAUGACCUGGACGUCGCCCUGGGCCAAGUGCAGAAACAGGUCCCCCUGCAGCCUCGGCAGGUCCCCAGGGGUGAGGUCUUCCGGCCGCACAGGCGGCACCUGGCGCACCUGGAGCCCGUGGAUUUCCUGGGCAAGGCCAAGGUGGUGGCCUCCGCCGUCCCUGACGGCCCGCACGGGGACGCCCGGCCUCAGCAGCCACAGGCUCUCUACGCACGUGGUGAAGCCAGGCCUGGGGCUGCCGAACGGGCCCGUGACACAGGCCCCUCCGGACCUGGUACCCGCUGUGGCCCCAGGACGCCCCUUGAUGCGGAGAUGGGGGUCAGCUCUGGCCAGGCUGGGCGGGCUGACCGUGGCACACUGGUCACCAAUGAUGAGCAGAGGCCCCACGCGGAGCAAGUUGACCAGCAGGUCCCUCCAGGGCUGCUGGUGGCUGGGGGGCCGGGCCCUGGCUCCUCUGAGGAUCCUGCAGGUGCUGGGGGCGUGGCUGCAGGAGGCCCCGAGUCCUUGGUGACCUUCACAGUGCAGUGCACCUUCGCCCUGGCCCUGAGGGCCCCAAGAGGAGCUGACCUGUCCAGCCUGCGGGCCCUGAUGAGCCAGGCCCUCCCUCCCCAGGCCCAGAGUGGGCAGCUCAGUUACCGAGACCCUAGUGACAGCAGGGGCUGGGUGCCCCUCACCGGGGAGGAGGCACUGCAGAGGGCCUGGCAGAGGGCUGCCGGCCCUGGGGAGCUGCGGCUACAGUGCCGGGGAGUGGGCGGCCGGCCUGUCCUCUACCAGGUGGUGGCCCGGCACGGCUACUCCGCCCAGAGGCCAGAGGACCUGGCCCUGCAGCCGGGAGACACCGUGGACGUCCUGUGCGAAGUGGACCAGGCGUGGCUGGAGGGCCACUGUGACGGCCGCAUCGGUAUUUUCCCCAAGUGCUUCGUGGUCCCGGCCAUCCGGCGCACAUGAGGAGCUUGGCGCUAAGAAGUCCGUGGCAAGGAGGGUUUAAUAAAGGCGAUCUGCCCCCACCAA